UAGAAAAAAUAUGGGGUUUGCAACAGCAGCUAAAGCUAGUUGGCUCCUGCAGCUUUCACUGCUCUUAGUGAGCAGUUUCAUGGUGUCUGCUCAAAUUUUGCCCGAGGCUUUGCCUCCUCAUUACCAUGGAGUUUCACCUGUAGUGGCACCUAGUCACCCACCAAGAAGCCACCAUCACCACCACCACCCUCACCCUCACCCCCACCAUCAUCCACCCACCCCCUCACCCACUAAACCUCCAAUCCAUCCACCUGUUUACCCCCCACAUAAAGCCCCGACUCUUGCACCAGUUCAUCCACCACCCAAGCCUCCAGUUCACCCUCCACCCAAGCCACCAGUUCAUCCUCCAACUAAGCCACCAACUCAUCCCCCGGCUAAGCCACCAGUGCACCCACCAACUUACCCACCAUCGCAUCCUCCGGCUAAGCCACCAAGUUACCCAAAGCCUUCAAGGAGCUUUGUUGCAGUUCAGGGCGUUGUUUUCUGCAAGUCAUGCAAGUACGCCGGAGUCGACACCCUCUUGGGAGCUAAACCAAUAUUUGGUGCCACUGUAAAGCUAACAUGCAAGAACACCAAAUACAAGCUUGUGGUCCAAGCCAAAACUGACAAGAACGGCUAUUUCUUCCUGCAAGCACCAAAGACCGUCACCAGCUUUGGAGCCCACAAAUGCACGGUAUCCCUCGUAUCAUCACCAUUGGCUUCCUGCAGCAAGCCAUCCAAUCUCCACGGUGGAUUGAAGGGCGCCACAUUGAGGCCAGAGAAGCCAUUUAUUGCAAACAAGCUCCCAUUUAUUCUCUACACCGUUGGGCCAUUGGCUUUCGAACCCAAAUGUUACUAGAAUCCCACUGUUGAGCUCUCACUCGUUUGCUUCUUUUCCAUUGUUAUCUUAUGUGUGACCACUAUUUGAAAGUUCCCUAGCUUGUUGUAAUGGCAUUUUGUUCAGUGUGUUGCUUUGGGUGACAAUAUAUAUGGUAAUAGAUUAGUGAAGAAUAAUCAAACCAAUUGCCUUUUAACGUCUGCUACUCAUUUUUACAUCUAACAAUUAUUCAAACUUUUUCUUGAUGUCCCGAGGA